CACAAAAAAAAACACAACCAAAACGAGCGAGAAAUGAAAAGCGAAAGAACAACAAUCCGAAAAGUUUAUAGUAUUAUUAAUCGAAACGAAGCGGCGUGCGCACACUGUGGCUGGCUGCGAAGCGCGUCGGUUGUUUUAUUUCCACCACCGGAAUAUUUAUCGCCGAUAAAAAACAAUUAAAAAACAUAGAAAUAUAGAGAGAGAAAUAAUAAUAAUAACAACAACGAUAAUAACAAAACAGUCAUAGCCCAAACAACAACAAAAUGAUAGAUUGGCGAGUGCACUUGAAUAAAAAACUCAAAUAAGAAAAUGUUACCGAGAAGGUGCAAAAAAUAAAUGCAAAGAAGAACAGCGCCGCACACACACCUGCAGAUACCUGAAUUCCAAAUUUCAAGACGAUUUAAAUACGAACAAAAAUAUACAAAAAAAAUAAAAAAAAAUAUAUAUAAAAAGUGAGGGAAAGAAAGUAAAGCUCAAGUGAAAAUCAGGCCAAACCGAUUGUUAUUUUUUUUUUGUUGAUUUUUUAUUUUGGUUUUCUGAUUUUUUUUAUUUAUUUUGUUCUGUGUCUUUUGUUUUUUGCGGCUUGCUUUAUUUUUUAUUUUAAUUUAAAGAAUAACCAAUGAAACGCGGUUCAAAUACCAACAAAAUAUAAGAGUAUUUUUUUAUUUUUUAAUUAAAAUGGAAUUCCUGGAGAACUUUUUCGAAAGCCUGCAAAGUCUAUUGUCAUCGUACAUCGAUCUGGAUUAUUCACUAUGGCUUUAUCGUUUCUUGACCCCGCUGAUUGUCACCUUUCUUUUGCCGCUGGUGUUCGUGGCCCUCAUCUACAUUUCCUUUUUGGUUCUCUUCAUGUACAAGCUGCACAGACAAGUGAUCAUGAGAGCCGUACAAACGGAUCGGAACUUCUGGCGGGUGGGACGAAAGAUCGUGGCCGCCAUUUGGGACGCCCAUGCCCGGAUCUAUCACGGCUACGAUGUCAUCGGCCUGGAGAACAUACCCCAGGAGGGCCCGGCGCUGAUCGUCUACUACCACGGAGCCAUACCCAUCGAUAUGUACUACCUGAACUCCCGGAUGCUGUUGCAGCGCGAACGCCUGAUCUACACGAUUGGUGAUCGCUUUCUGUUCAAGCUCCCGGGAUGGGGAACCAUUUCCGAGGCCUUCCACGUCAGUCCCGGCACUGUCCAGUCCUGUGUCAGCAUCCUGAAGGACGGCAACCUCCUGGCCAUCUCACCGGGCGGCGUCUACGAGGCCCAGUUCGGCGAUCACUACUACGAGCUGUUGUGGCGAAAUCGUGUGGGUUUCGCCAAGGUGGCCCUCGAGGCCAAGGCCCCCAUCAUUCCCUGUUUCACGCAAAAUCUGCGCGAGGGCUUCCGCCAGGUCGGCAUCUUCCGGACCUUCUUCAUGCGACUGUACAACAAGGUGCGCAUCCCAGUGUAUCCCAUCUAUGGGGGAUUCCCGGUCAAAUUUCGGACCUAUUUGGGCAAACCCAUUGAGUACGAUGAGAAUCUAACGCCGCAGGAUCUGCAGGUUAAGGUUGCCACCGCCAUUGAAGAGCUUAUCAAUCAACAUCAGCGCUUACCUGGUAGCAUUCUGAUGGCACUUUUGGAUCGACUGCCCUCCUUCAGGCGAUCUUCAAAAAAGAAAGAUGAAUAGAAAGCUCUAGAGGAGGAUCAGUAGCUUAACUCCCACGUUAAUCCCAUUUCCGUAUAUCGUAUAUAGAGAGAUUAACAGAUUGACUUUGGUUCUUGGCCAUAUUAAGACUUUGUUCCACAUGUACUUCAACUCUUGUAUAAGGCAGCGCCAUAUACACUUUACAUAGAUGUAUAUAACCCACUGUAUAUCUCGUUAGAUCCUUAGAUAUCUAAUCUAUAUCUAAUUUUUUUUGUAAAUGUUUCAAAUGUCUACCAAGCUGUUUACUUAUUUUUUUU